AAUAAACGAUACUUUGGUGAUUCGGAAAUCACAAGAAGUAGAAUUCACCCGCUUUAAAAAAAAACCUAAAGAAAUGGUUCGUCGCUUGAUGUUAGAAUUAGUAGGUCGCGACGAACUGAAAACAAUGACUGCUCUCGGAAAGCAAACGGUAGGAAGUAAAAGAAAGGAAAUUCCAGAACAAAUCAGGAAUUGUGUUUACAAUUAUAUUAUGAAACAUUCAAAAGGAUUAAGCUAUACCAAAUAUAUUGAUACACUUAAUAAUCAAUGCUGCACAUUGAGAAAUCCGAAGAGCUCAAUUCCAACGAACAUAAAAAAAAAUAAUCAAAAUAACAAGCGUAAAAAUAUUGAAGAUGAGGAUUCUGGAAGUGAGCAUGAAUUAAGUGAAAGGUAUAUCAUAUAUAAAGCAUGUGUGACCGGGUCAGAAAAAACGGUGUUAUCGACUGAAAAAUCGAUUUUUUUGUGAUGGUUUCUUACAGUUUGAGGUCCUAAAAAUACAAUGCAACUAUAGUCCUAAAUGUAAAAAAAAUUUGUUGCAUUUGUUUAAACAAAUUAAAAAAAAAAAUUUAUUUUGAAAAAUUUUUUUAAUGAAAAUAUAAGUAAUUCUAAGGCAAAAAUUACUCUUGGUAUUUUUGCUUAAAAUA